AUGUACCUGAUCACUGUGUUUGGGAACCUGCUCAUCAUCUUGGCCAUCAGCACAGACCCCAACCUCCACACGCCCAUGUACUUCUUCCUGGCCAACCUGUCCUUUGUAGACAUCUGCUUCACCUCCACCACCAUCCCGAAGAUGCUGGUGAACAUCCGGACUCAGAGCAAAGUCAUAACCUAUGCAGGCUGUAUCACACAGAUUUAUUUUUUCAUACUCUUUGCUGUGAUGGACGUCUUCCUCCUGAGUGUGAUGGCCUAUGACCGGUUUGUGGCCAUCUGUCACCCCCUGCACUACACGAUCAUCAUGAACCCCCGGCUCUGUGGGCUGCUGGUUCUCGUGUCCUGGGUCACGGUUGUCUCCUUAUUUUAUUGUACGAUGCUCGGUGUGUACCUUAGCUCUGCUGCUACCCAGAGCUCACGGUCAAGUGCCACAGCCUCGGUGAUGUACACGGUGGUCACGCCCAUGCUGAACCCCUUCAUCUACAGCUUGAGGAACAAAGACAUGAAAAGGGCUCUGAAAGCAUUCUUUGGGAAGGAGACCCUUACAUGGCCAAUCGUCAUAAGAUUGAAGAAAUGCCUAUGA